UAAAAAAAAAAAGGACUUUCAACGCUUUGAUGUGCUUGAGUUGGUGAAAAUAUUUAAACAAAAAUAUUACUCCACAGAUACCUAUAUAAUGCUCCAUUGUACCCUUACUCUAUCACACUCUUCCUUUACCAUAAUUGACAAAGUUUUCAUUACCGGUUUCGGCAUGGCAUCGAAGAGUAUUGUGUCCGUUGUUCUUGUCAUAGCAUUCAACCUUUUAUUAUGUGUCGUGGUUAGUGGCUGUGAAACGUCCGACAUACCAGAACCCAACCUCAAUCCAAAUCAAAAACCAAACCCAAACCCAAGCAGCAACCCCAACCCCAAUCCCUACUCCAACCCGAACCCCAACCCCAUCCCUAACACUAAACACAACCCCAACCCCAACCCCAACACAGUACCAAACACAAACCCAAAUACAGAAACCUGCCCUAGAGACGCCUUGAAACUGGGGGUUUGUGCUAAUCUUCUAGGGGGAUUGGUCAAAGUUGAGUUAGGUUCACCACCGGUGAAGCCAUGUUGCUCUCUUAUCCAAGGACUUGCCGACCUUGAGGCUGCCGUCUGUUUGUGCACUGCAAUCAAAGCCAACGUCCUAGGGAUCAAUCUUAAUGUACCAGUAUCUCUUAGCUUGCUCGUUAAUGUCUGUGGCGGUGAAGUCCCAAAUGGUUUUGUAUGUUCCUAGUUUGAUUUAAUUUAUACAAUAUGAAUCAAUGUGUUGCUAAAUUAAGUGUACCAUCUUUGAAAUCAAUACUUCGUGGGUAACAAUUCA